AUGGUGGGUCGAGUUGAUUUUAACAAGACAGUUGAAUACUUGCAGCAGGACAAGUGGACUGGUUGGUUUCCUAUCAAGUGGCACAUUAUGAAGGACAUUCCUAACAUCUUGUUGAAGCACAUCAUUCUUGAGUAUAAUGAAAACAAACCAGUUACUAAUAGCAGACACACACAUGAGUCUGCUAAACAUGCAGACAGUGUCUUGAGGCACAAAGUGCAGUUCACUUGGAGUAACCAAGAGGAUAAUGCCGAGGUGUUGAUGAGAUUGAUUGGCGCUGAUGAAACCAUAUACUCAAAUUUUACGGAUACAUUGCAUUGGUUAGAGAACACAGAUGUACUGGAAAUGAUUGUGGAUAAAUUUAGCUCAUCAAUUGUAGAGUUUGUCUCUGUUUUGCUAACAAUUGGUAGCGAAAUUGUUGAGAAGGAGCUAAUAAACCAAUCGGUGAUAAAGCAUUGCAUUGAUUUAUUUUUUUACCCAACGUUACCGUCGGAAGGAAAGAGAACUCCAAGAAUUGGGAAUAUUGGACACAUAACUCGAAUAGCGAAUAAGCUCAUUCAAUUGGGAAAUAGUAACAGCAUGAUACAUAGUCACUUGGAGGAGAACAAUGAGUGGGUUGUAUGGCAAGCAGAUGUCCUGGUCAAAUGCAAUGAGGUGGAGAACGCGUUUACCAUUGGGCAUGUGGCUAAUGUUUUUUAUGCUACUGACCGUCCAACUUCUCUACAUGAUCGUGGGAGGGAUAGCGAUGAUGACGACUUCCGAGAUAGAGACUAUGAUGUGGCAGCACUUGCUAAUAAUCUGAGUCGGGCAUUUCGAUAUGGGAUAUACAACAAUGAUGGCAUUGAAGAGGCACAAGGAUCCCACGAACGAGAUGAUGAGGAUGUCUACUUUGAUGAUGAGUCAGCUGAAGUAGUAAUAUCUUCAUUGCAUUUGGGGAUGAUCAGGACAGGAAUCAAUGAUCGCCUAGCUGCCUCUGUUCCUUCAUCAUCCCCCAAUUCUGAAGAGAUUUCCUUGAACACGGAGGAAACUGAUGAAGUGCUAACCGGUGAAACCACUGGCACCGAGUCACUGCUAGAAAGUGCAUCCCUUGAAAAUGGUCCUGUUGAGGAGGCCAAGGAACUAGCAGAAGUUGCUAACGACUGUGAUGCUACCACGGUCAAUGAGAAAAUUUUGUGUACAGAAGAGGAUAGUGCAUCCCAUGAGCCUGAAACCUCUGAGCGGCCUGUGGAUGCUCAAGAGGGCCAGACUGGAGGUGCGGCUGAAGCGUCAAGCACAGAGGGAGCAACGAAUGAACCUUGCAGCUCUUUAAAAACGUGUGCUACCUUGUGCUAA